CCCCCUACCCCGCGCAAACCCUCGCCCGCCGCCUCCUCCUCCUCAGAUCCCAGCUCCAGGACCCUGCCGCCCGCCCGCGCCCGCGACCGGGCCUCCGAUCCGCGCACCCGCGCGUGCCCCGAUCCCCAUGGCGGCGGCGGCCGGUGACGGGGCCGGCGAGGCCAGGGCACGGGCGCUGCUGCAGCAGCACCGGCCGUUUGCGACGCCGCCAGGGGAGUACCACCACUUCGGCGCGCCUUCCGCCGCCGCCGACGAGAUGGUGGAGGCGGUUGUCCUCAGGACGCCAUUGAAACGGAAACAUAACGACAGAACAGAAAAUGAAGCUGCCGAAUCAAAUGACUGGAUGAGCCCUGGAUAUGCUAAUGCUGGCAGCAGCCCAGUUCCUACACCCCCUUCAGGGAAAGGUUUAAAAGCAUCCACCAAGCCUAAGGCUACGAAGGGCCAGAAAUCUGGUCCUCAGACCCCUUUGGGUUUUGGUUCUCCGGGCAAUCCUUCUACUCCUGUUGGUGGCUGCCGCUAUGAUAGCUCCCUCGGGCUCUUGACAAAGAAGUUCCUGAACUUGCUAAAAGGUGCACCUGGUGGCAUUGUUGAUCUGAAUAAUGCUGCAGAAACUCUAGAGGUACAGAAAAGGCGUAUAUAUGACAUCACUAAUGUUCUUGAAGGGAUAGGACUGAUAGAAAAAAAGCUUAAGAACAACAUCCGUUGGAAAGGAGUUGAUGACUCUCGACCCGGAGAAGUUAGUGAUGAUAUGUCAAUUUUACAGGCAGAUAUUGAUGCUCUUACACUGCAAGAGCGCAAUUUGGAUGAACGAAUAAGUGAAAUGCGGGACAGAUUAAGAGGGCUUACUGAAGAUGAAAAUAAUCAAAAGUGGCUUUAUGUCACGGAAGAAGAUAUCAAAUCUUUGCCAUGCUUCCAGAAUCAGACUCUAAUUGCUAUAAAAGCACCGCAUGGCACAACUUUGGAAGUCCCAGAUCCUGAUGAGGUUAAUGAUUAUCCUCAAAGGAGAUAUAGGAUUGUCCUAAGAAGUACCAUGGGUCCGAUAGAUGUGUACCUAGUUAGUCAAUUUGAGGAGAUGAGUGGCAUGGAGACUCCUCCAAGGCCUACACAGACAAUAAGCAUGGAUUCUCUAGAGAAUCCUAGGACGCCUUUGGCUGCGGAUUGCAACAAAGUCACAGGGAUGGAAUCAAAUAUUCACGGAGGACUGAUCCUACCUUCUGAUGCACCUAGUAGUUCACAGGACAUUUCAGGGAUGAUGAAGAUUGUCCCUUCGGAGCUUGAUGCUGAUACAGACUACUGGCUCUUAUCGGACAACACAGGAGUUAGCAUGACGAACAUGUGGGAGACAGGACCAGAUGAGUGGGAUGGGAUUGAGAAAUUCAACGCGGAGGAUUUCUUGGAAGUGGGCACUCCCCAGCAGCAGGAUAAACCAGCCGAUGUCGUGGAUGACGACCCCUCCUGUAUAAUCUGAAGCCCGCCGAAUCACGGUGGCGAAACCUUUCAUAGUUCAGCGCCCGCUCCGAUCAACCUGGAGCAGUAGAUGGCUGUGACUGAUGUACAGAUGCCAGAUCAGUAUUAAUAACUUACUAACUGUCUAGACCAUGGCAUCAUCCAGAAAUGUCGAUCAUAACCGAGAGUUGAUGGUGCAGGCAGUCCUUGUCAGGUUCAGGCUCAAACAUUGCAGAUGCAGGCUGAGGCUGCAUUAGCUGUGCCUGGUAGUUGGUGCAUGCUGUGUAUCUUAAGGGUCACAGCACUAGUAGUGUACAACUAGGAAUAUGUGUGUCGAAUCCAUUUGUAAAAUAGCAGCCGUUAUUGUUUGUGUGGUACUGAUCCAGCUUUUUUUUAGAAGAAAACAUGUGUUGCCAUCCCGAGAUGGCUGGACAGGUGUUGCUACUAUUCGCGCC